AUUUUUUUCGUUUUGCAUCCCUUACAGAGUCAACAAGCACACCAACAGGCGAGGAGACUGCUGCAUCAUGGCCGACGCAGGCGGUGGCUGCUGCUCCCUCCGCCUCCCCGACGACUCCCUCUUCCUCGGCCUCGACUGCUCCACCCAGUCGCUCAAGGCCACCGUGCUGGACGCCAGCCUCGGCAUCGUCGCCGCCGACUCCGUCCACUUCGACUCCGACCUGCCGCACUACGGCACCCACGGCGGCGUCCGCCGGGACCCCGCCGAGCGCGGCCGCAUCGUGUCGCCGCCGCUCAUGUGGGCCGAGGCCCUGGACCUGCUCCUCGCCAGGCUGCGGCCCCGCGCGGACCUCCGCCGCGUCGCCGCCGUCUCCGGCUCCGCGCAGCAGCACGGCAGCGUGUACUGGGCCAGGGGCGCCGCCGCCGCGCUGGCCGCGCUCGACCCGGCCCGGAGCCUCGCGCCGCAGCUCGCGGCCGCGUUCGCGGCGCUGGAGUCGCCCGUGUGGAUGGACAGCAGCACGGCGGCGCAGUGCCGGGAGGUGGAGGCAGCGAUGGGCGGCGCCCUGCGGCUGGCCUCCCUCACGGGGUGCCGCGCGCACGAGCGCUGCACGGGGCCGCAGAUACGGAAGAUGCACCAGACCAGGCCGCAGGUGUACGACGCCACCGAGAGGGUGUCGCUGGUCAGCUCAUUCAUGGCGUCCCUGCUCGUCGGCGGGUACGCCUGCAUCGACGAGACCGACGGCGCUGGGAUGAACAUCAUGGACAUCGCCACGCGCCAGCUGCGCGAGGACGCUCUUCAGGCUACGGCUCCAAAUUUAAAAGGGAGGAUCGGGAAACUAGCACCAGCUCAUGCUGUGGCUGGAAAAAUUGCUCCUUAUUUUGUUCAGAGAUUUCAGUUUGCAAGCAGCUGUCUAGUUAUUCAGUGGUCAGGGGACAACCCCAAUAGCCUUGCAGGCUUAACUUUGAGCAAUCCUGGUGAUCUCGCAAUCAGUCUUGGGACAAGUGAUACAGUUUUUGGGGUCACUGAGUCGCCAGAACCAACCCUUGAGGGAAACAUCUUUCCUAACCCAGUUGAUCCCAAGACCUACAUGGUAUUGCUUUGCUAUAAAAAUGGAUCUCUGACACGAGAAGACCUUCGCAAUCGUUAUGCUGAGGGAUCUUGGGAUAUGUUCAACAGGUUGCUUGAAGAAACAGCCCUGUUGAAUGGAGGGAAGUUGGGAUUUUACUACAAGGAACAUGAGAUUCUCCCACCACUUCCAGUUGGAUUUCACCGGUACAUUGUCAAGAACGUGAGUAGCAGAUCUUUAGAUCAGAUGGUGGAAGAAGAAGUUGACGAGUUUGAUCCUCCUUCGGAGGUGCGUGCGAUAAUUGAAGGGCAGUUCCUGUCCAUGAGGGGCCAUGCUGAGCAAUGUGGCCUGCCAGUACCUCCAAAGCGUAUUAUAGCAACUGGUGGCGCGUCCUCAAACCCAAUAAUUCUCAAGAUAAUGGCAUCUAUUUUUGGCUGCCCAGUGUACACUUCCCAAAGAUCAGACUCUGCAUCUUUGGGUGCUGCUCUGCGAGCAGCCCAUGGGUGGCUCUGUAAUCAACAAGAUGAGUUUGUGCCAUUCUCAUGUGUGUACUCUGGGAGAAUUGAUAGAACAUCACUGAGCAUGAAGUUGGCUGUUCCUUUUGGGGACUGCAAGAGAGACACUGAACUUCUGAACAAUUACACAUUGUUGGUUAGGAAGAGGUUGGAGAUUGAGCAGAAGCUCAUCGAAAGGUUCGGUCGAUGAGAGUGAAGUGGUUUCAAGGUUUACACUGUUGCAAUUGAGCACUAUCCUUGGCACAGUUCUUAAUGGCGCAUAUCGCCUCGUAAGUCAUAGGAUGUGUCGAGUCCAACAAAUAUCUUCAAUCCAUUUUCAUUAAUUAACACCAGUUACAUAUUCAUCACUCAAUAGUCGGAAUGCUGGGAUGACACCUUGACAUGAUCGUAACAGGCUUCGUUCAUUGAUCGAGAAAUGCAAAUGCCGAGCAUGUUAUGCUGGUGAAUGGCAUCCUACUCAACAUGGUGAGGCUACAACAAGGAUAGCCACCAAAUUUGCAAGAUCUAGUUUUCAGCUACUAUACUGCUAUUACCACCUCAAGCAUGCACCGCUCCCACUUGUAAAUUAGUGGAUUCCUAUUGCCACUACACCUGGCCUGACUCCCCUAUGCAGCAUGGCCACUUUCUACGGCUGAUGAAAGAAAGGCUCAGGCUCUCGUAGGUGGCUAGAUAGUAGAUACCUACGGCACAGUUUGCUUGCAAAAUGACAAAGAUCAUGUUAUAAAAAUCAAUCCAUGAUGGUAUGAACUUAAGCUUUAGGGUC